AAACAUGGGAGUUGUCGGUUUGCCUACCAUGAAAGAGUAUGAAAGGUUUUAAAAGGAAAUUCCUUGCGUGAUAGACUCCAAUCAAAGCCAUUAAUAGCUCUCAUUUUCUUUUAAUUUUGUUUUUAUUUAUUUAUAUUUUUAUCUCAUCUUUUGAUUGAAGAGCAGCCGUGUACCUACUUAUAAAUCAAUGAAAGGUGGCGAUUUUUUUAUGGGUUUUUGGAAGGUUGAGAUUUAGUGACAGAUUCUUCGAGAAAGGCAUAUGAUCAAAAGAUUUUAUUCGACAGUGGAGCAGAAACAUGAAAGAGAGGUGGUGAUUUUGUAUGGCAGAUUGGAGGCUGGGAGAUUUUGGAGAAAGUUGAGGAUUGUUUGAUCUCAUUCAACAGCACUACAAUCUAACAGUACCAAUGGGAUGCCUUUCUUCAAAGAUCGCGGCCCGGUCAAGGAGCUUUCGAGAAGAGCUGAGCCAUAGCUUGCAGAGGAGAAUCGAGGGCUUUCCCGCCUUGGAAGAUAUACUAAUCUCCAAGAACAGCGGAGAUCAAUUCCUCGCUCUUGUUUGCACUGCUAACACCGUAGCCAAGAAACUCCAAAAUGGAAAUCCCUCGACAGAGUUCAGCAUUGAAGUGGACCCGUCUGAGAAGCAUUCGGAUAUCGAGAACAUCAACACCAAAGUAUUGAUGUGUGACCUAGAAGAAGAAGAAGAAGAAGAACAACAACAACAGCAGCAAAGAAAAGAGAGACUCAUAUCUUCUACAAGCUUUCAUGGGCCCCACCAAUCGGCUGGUGAAGGACAAUGUCCAAUCCAAUGUGACAAUAUCCACGCGAUCCAAGAUAAUGGACCCACACUAGAUGGUGGAAGUAUAAUAAGUACUAGAAGCAUCCAUACCGUUGAAGAAUACGAUGCGAUGGUGGACGCAAGCAAUCGAUGGUCCCAAAUAGGGCAGGACGUCAUAGUUCAUCAUUCCACAGGAAAUGUAAAUGACCAAUGUGUAGGAUCUUCAGGAAGCUCUUUUAACGACUGCUCUGCAGUUAAAGAAGAUGGCAUUGAGGGCGACAGGAAAGAACCGUCCACAAUUGAUAAUCACAAGCCUGAUCAUGCCAAGGCCAUUAUCGCCACCGUUGAAGAUGGGAAUUUCACAAAUGAAAAGGGCUUUCAGAGGAAGGCAAAGGCGAAAGAGCUGGCCACCCUCAGCAUUCCAACAACCGUUGAUUUUCCGGCCCCAGGAAGUUUUGGAGAUUGGAACGAACUGACAAACUUGUUCUCCAAUGGUGACUAUGACACACCCAAAUUCGGUAAUUUUUGCAUAGCAAAUCCGGUAUGCUGUGGAGGAGAGUGUAAUGUUUUCGAUCCGGAAAUGCUGGCUUCCUUUGAAGAAGACAUGAAGCAGCUGACAGAAGAGGAGGAAAGCAUACUUCAACAGAUUGUAGAGAGUCUGGAGGAAGAGAGUAUUGGAAAGGAGGAAAAUAAGGAAUUCAUUCCAGACCAAAUACAAGUGUAGAAUGGGAAAUUGACAUUGAGAAUUUAGGUGGAAGUUGAAAAUAGGAGGGGAAAUAUGGGAAUACAUCUCAAUCAUAUAGAAUACUUUUAGGGGGCGUUUGGCGCAGCGUAUUAAAUGGUAUUAGGUGGGAUAGAAUUGCAUUUGGUCUCCUACAAAUUCUAUCCAACAUUUGGGGAGGAUGAGAAAGGUUGUGAUUAGGUGGGACAGAAUUGCGUUUGGUACCAUGUAAUUGCAUUUGGUCCUAUGCACGAUUUUCGUGAAUUUUGAAAUCCGCUACACAUGUGGGCCCCACAUUGAUGCAUAAAUUUCUUCCUAGUUACUUUCAAAUUAUGUUGUCUGAAUGAUUGGUUGUGAGUCACCUACACCGAAUUUCUGGUGAAUGUGCCUUUUAAUGCCCGUCCUAUCCGUAUCAAACGGUUGUCAUGUAAGUGAUUAGGUUGGGGCCCACCAAUGGCAAGUGGUGAUGGCUACAUGUGACAACUGUUUGAUCAAGACCAUUAGUGAGUUUGCAUAAAUGAAUGAGAGAGACUUUAUACUCUGAUAGUAUGUGAUGGAUGAUAUGAAUGCACAUAGAAAUUACCGAGA